AUUUUUUUUAAUAUAAAUUCUAACAAAAUAUUUUUUUUAUUUAUUUUAUUUUUUAGUACUUUAAUUUCUAUUUCAUCAAAUUCUUGAUUUGGAUGUUGAAUAGGUUUAGAAAUUAAUCUUUUAAGAUUUAUCCCAUUAAUUUCUAAUAAUAAUAAUCUUCUUUCAUCAGAAGCUUCAUUAAAAUAUUUUCUUACUCAAUCAAUUGCCUCAAUUAAUUUUUUAUUCUCAAUUUUAUUAAAAUUAAUUUUAAUAAAAAAUUUUGAAAUAAAUAAUUUCUUAUCUAUUAUAAUUAAUUCAUCUUUAUUAAUAAAAAUAGGAUCUAUUCCAUUUCAUUUCUGAUUUCCUAAUGUAAUUGAAGGUUUAUCAUGAUUUAAUUGUUUUAUUCUAAUAACUUGACAAAAAAUUACCCCAAUAAUUUUAAUUUCUUAUUAUUUUAAUAAAAACUUUUUAAUUAUGAUUAUAAUUUUCAAUACUAUUAUUGGAGCAAUUGGAGGAAUUAACCAAACUUCUUUACGUAAAUUAAUAGCAUUUUCUUCUAUUAAUAAUUUAGGAUGAAUAUUAGCAACAAUUAUAAUUAGAGAAAAUUUAUGAAUAUUUUAUUUAUUAAUUUAUUCAUUUUUAAUUAGUAUUAUAUGUUUUUUAUUUAAUAUAUUAAAUAUAUAUUAUAUUAAUCAAUUAUUUAUUAUUAAUUUUAAUCCUAUAAUUAAAAUUUCUUUAUUUAUUAAUUUUUUAUCUUUAGGUGGAUUGCCACCCUUUAUUGGAUUUUUCCCUAAAUGAAUUGUAAUUAACUUUUUAAUAUUUAAUAAUAUAUAUGUAUUAACUUUUAUUUUUGUAAUAAUAAGAUUAAUCAUAUUAUUUUUUUAUAUUCGUAUUAUUUAUUCUUCUUUUAUAUUUAAUUAUUUAAAAUUAAAAUGAUUUAAAAUUUUUGUAAAAAAUAAAAUUUUUAUUCUAAUUAAUUUUUUUAGUUUAAUUUCAAUUAUAAGAAUAAUUUUUAGAACUUUUUUUUUUUUUUAA